CGUCACCAUGACUACCAUCACCUCAGUUCGGAGCAACUCCAUUGUGUCAUUAAGGGAAAUGCCAUUCAGUCGUCGUAGUAAUCAGGAUAAAUUAGCAACUGAAGAAUUAGGGCCACCCAGACCAAAUUUAAACAUCAAGCAAGUAUCUACAAAGGGGGGGAAUCAUAUAAGUAACAAGUAAAUUACAAGACUAGCUCCAUCCCAUCAUCUAUCUGCUCAGGGAUGUGAGGAACACACCAAGGAGACAAGGGAGGACAAGGAGACAAGGAAAAGGCACACUGGAAGGACAGUAACUGCCAGAGUAUCUCAUUUUGAGUGUCUUUUGUAACUGGGUGGAUCCUAAUAUGUUGAGCCUCAUCAAACUCCCUCAGGUUUUAACUAUAAACCAAGUUCCAAAAGUCUUCCAUGAGGAUGGGAUCAUUUCAGGUUAUCGGUACCCAUACAGUUCAGCUAAAGACUGUGUGCUCAGUGUCUUCCAGUUAACAAAUGAAACUCUCAACAUCUGGACCCACUUUCUGCCUACGUGGUUCUUUCUAUGGAAGUUACAGAUGGUGCUAUUAAAGGAGGAAUGGCAGGACUCUUUUUGUUGGCCUCUGCUGGUUUUCCUGAUGUCAUGCUCCCUGUACCCGCUGGCAUCCAGCUGUGCCCACACCUUCAGUACCAUGUCGGAACGUGCCAGGCACAUCUGUUUCUUCUUCGACUAUGGAGCGCUCAGCUUCUACAGUUUGGGUUCUGCCAUCAUUUAUUCUUCAUAUUCAUUUCCUGAGACAUGGGUCAACAGCACUUUCCAUAAGUAUUACAUUCCCACUGCAAUGUUCAACUCAAUCAUCUCUACUGCUCUGUCCUGCUACUCCAGGCUUGGAAUGCCCUUUCUUGAAUACAACUACCACACAAUAAAAAGGGCUUCUGAAAAGACAAAUGCAAAUCGGGGCAAAAUUUUGCGCAUUGUGGCUUUUGGAUAUCCAUAUUUCUUUGACAACAUCCCGUUGUUAUAUAGGAUGUUUGUUUGUGUUGGUGAGGGUUGCACAGUUAAUGAAGCCACUACUGUCCACCUCCAGCACACUACAGUGGCCUUGCUUACAGGAUUCCUGUUUGCCUCGCAUCUACCCGAACGUCUGGCACCCGGCAGUUUUGACUACAUAGGACACAGCCACCAACUGUUUCAUGUGUUCGCAAUCAUUGGCACCUACUUCCAGCUGACAGCAAUAGAGCUAGACAUGACCUUACGGAAGCAAUGGCUUCUGUCUUAUUCACAGCCCAUUACGUUCAACAACACAGCAGGUGCAGCGUUGUUUUGCGCUGUCUCCAUUUUAUGUAUAAUCUACAUUUUUAGCAAGGCACUCUUUUCUACCCGGCUCUGUAAGGACUGUGAUGUAAAAUCAUUACACGUUGACUCUGUAGAUUCACUUCAAUUAAAAGAGUGUUCUAUUUUAAGCCAGGAGAAUUGAUGAUGGCUUUUUGUGGACUAAGGUGUUUUAUACAGUAUUGCACAUAGUGGGCUGCACGAAGAUAUCCUCAUGAAGACAAAAUAAUAGUAAAAUGAGGAUUCAUAUUAUAUAUCAUAUAUUUGCAUUUUUAGAUAAAUAUUUUGCACUUGUAACAUACACAAAAUCACUAUUUUAUAUCUUGUAUCUUGUUACUAUUAUAUUUAUAAUUAAUAAACAGAUUUUUAUUCUUAAAAA